GCGUUUUCGUACGAUUUCGCGGAAAAAAUGGGGUCAAGCUUGCACGUUCAGUGUACGUGAUACGUAAACUUAUUGCUUUUUGGCAUGCGGUGACGUCAUCCGGAUCGUUCUGGAAGAACCCUGCAGGACAAUAAUGGCGGAUUUGUAUGCUAAAUACAACUGCACCUAUUGUCAAGAGGAUAUCUCGGGCCUACGUGUUAGAUGUGUAGAAUGCCCAGAUUUCGACCUCUGUUUGCAGUGUUUUUCCGCUGGAGCUGAAAUUGGCCCACAUAAAAAUGAUCACUCUUAUCAGUUUAUGGAUUCUGGUACCAUCAGUAUAUUCAAUGGUAGAGGAAAUUGGACUGCUAGGGAACAACUUAGACUUUUGGAUGCCAUUGAGCAAUUUGGUUUUGGAAAUUGGGAAGAUAUUAGCAAACAUAUUGAAACACGUUCACCAGAAGAAGCAAAAGAAGAAUAUAUUGCUAGAUACCUUGAUGGCAAUAUUGGAAAACACACAUGGCCUCCUACAGAAAGCUAUAAACCAAAUCUUACAGAUCAAACUAAGUCAGAUCAUGGACCUCUAUCGCCUGAUCUCACAUCUCGGUUACCUCCUUUGGAUAUCACUCCAGAAGAAGCUGCACAACUGGGAUAUAUGCCACAACGAGAUGAUUUUGAAAGGGACUACAACCAUGAAGCAGAGUCACUUGUUUCUUCAUUAUUCUUGAACCCCGCAGAAGAUGAUGAUUUGGAUAUAGCACUUAAACUUGCACAAGUUGAUAUGUAUACCAAUAAUUUAAGAGAGAGAGCGCGACGAAAAAGAGUCGUACGAGAUUACCAGCUUGUUUCUGCGUUUUUUGCUUCGUCUAGGAAAGAUAAGUCAGUAAAGAGAAAACAGUCGAAGGAUGAAAAGGAGUUUAGGGAUAGGAUGCGAGUAUUUGCACAGUUUUACACAGCACAGGAAUACGAACAGUUUCUAACAAAUCUUGAAAGAGAAAGAGAGGUACGAUUACGUCUUUCAGAAUUGUAUCGUUACCGAGAGCAUGGUAUUACAAGACACGAAGAAUGCGCUCAUUUCGAACAAGUGAUGGCACAAACUCAGGGACAAAAUGAUGCAGUGGAUCACUGGCAUGAAAAGAAAUCUGGCAGCAGUGGGCCGUCCACACCAAUACACCGCCACACCUCAAAAAAAAGAGAAGAAGAAAAAAAUUACUCUUUCACCGACCGAAAGUACAUUGCAAAAGACUUACCCAGCAGCAGCUUCUCAAUCAAUCAAACCAAUCCCAAUCGGAUGACGACUCCAGCCAAUCAGUGGGUGGAGCCGGAUAACAAUCCAAAUUGUUCCAGCCAGCAUUCUACCAGCUCCAGUUCUGCCGCAGAAAAGAAUUAUACUGUGGCUACUUCCGGAAAAUCUUGUGCGACAACAGGAGACUCAGAGGAACGGGAUAUAGAAAUAGAAGCAGCGGCUCAUUUAUUAACAAAACAAGAAAAGUCUCUGUGUCUUCAACUUGAUUUGAAGCCAACGCAGUAUUUAACACAAAAGACGUUGUUGUUGCAAGAAUAUCUAAAUGGUAAUAGAAGAUCAGGCGUUGUACCUCAGUCGGAACCAGAGAGUAAGAUAUUACAUUAUCUGGUAGCAAAUGGCUGGAUCGCGGCCAAUUGAUUAAAUAUGUAAAAAAUUAACGACCAUUUCAACUCUAAGUCACCUUUUAUUUUGCAAACUAAGUCCUAGAUAUAAUUGAAAUUUGAGUCUGAUUUAAUUAACAUAUAUAGGACAGGUAGAGAGAGAAUGUGUGUGUACAUAAUUUAAAAUGUAAAAAUAUUCUUUACUCUUGUUCAAAUGGUGAACGUUUAGAUAAAUGGCGGAUGAAUUGUUAGGAACGAUACAAAACAAGAUUAAUUAACUUGUCUUAUUCGUUAGUGAGACAUUAAUUUAAACUGUCUUUAAAAUAACUCCAUUAAAAAGUAUAAAAUUCUUUUAUUAAGAGUUUUAUAGCUUUUGUUAAAUUAACAAUUAUCGUAUAUAACGAUUUAACUGUCAAUUUUAUUGUUGAUAUUCUUGAUGACUUUUUAAAGACUCAAAUGUUAAAUUAUCAACACCGUUCCGCAUGGUAUACUUCCGCUAUGUGUACUUUAUUCUAAUGAACAUUGUUACCUUAGAUUGUCGUUUACCUUUUAACAUUACAUUAUGAAUUAUUUAACACUUUUUGUCUAGAAAAUCUCUUACACUGCCUUUAUAGAGCCAUGAACAUAUUGCUCAAUUAAUUCUUCCACUGUCAUAUUUUCUUGUAUAGACUAUUAAUUGCACAUGCUCCUUUCUAUCUGUUUUAAAUGUGAUUUGUUACCAUACUUGACAAUAAGGAAAUGUAAGGAAGAAGUCACGUCGUAGUUGAGAUUUCUAGAUCGUUGUUUAAUACAACACUUGAAUGAUUGGAACAUAUCCAUCCGGGAAUUUAUCAUCGAUCGAUACUUUAUGUAUAAUUAUGUGAAAGUUGUCGGCUGGAUAUGUAUUAAAAUAUUUAAAUAAAAAGCACUUUAAAAUAUUUAUAUAGCUGAGAUUCAUGAAAGUAUUGAAUAUUAUUAGCUUAAUAAUAAGUGUAAUGUCCUUGACAAAUUAUACACACAUAGAUAAACAUACACAUACAGAUAUUUCUUCAUAUUCUUACAAAUUUGUUAAUUAAAAAAAAGUAUUCUAAUCGUCUUUCGCAUGCAUGAUUCAAGCGCAAACUAAUGCAUUUUAUUCCAUAGAUUCUUGAAACGAUUCAAAGGAUAUUCCUUAUUGAUAAAGGAUGGUACAAAGAGCAGGUUAUAAGAAGAUAUUUGUUAUUACAAUGAAGAUACUAUGGUAUUAGGUAAUUUAUCUGUUGCCUGUGUAAUAUUUGUAUAUAUGAACGAAAAAUAGUACCUUCUUAGUGAUACUACUUUUAAAGCACAAAACGUAAUCGCGGUAUAAACUAACGAAGAGUUAAGCGCAUAGUGUGAUAAUGAUGGUGUUCGGAGCCAAACUCGUAUUUAAAAAAAAGACACUUUAACGUUUUAAAAAAAAACGCUGAUCAUUUUCCAUUGCUUCUAGUAGUAGCUAUUUAUAAUUUUAAAUUAUUAAAUGAAGAAAGGAGGAGUAAGAUAUUAAAUUUGUGAAUGAGGAGAAGAUAUACCCUGGAUGGACGAUAUACCUUAACAACAGCUUUUGUUUAACUUAAACGUAUAAGGUGGAAGCAUCGAGGGAACAACACUGUUUGCUCGAUGGCAAAGUUCAUACCACUUGUAUUCUUGUAUGCUUAGGAAACUGGAAAAAAUCUAAAGAAAUAUUAGUCGUUUGCUUUAACGUAAUUCAGUACUUCCAAGAAUAUCUUCGUUUACCUAACCACGAACGGCUUAAAUUCGAGAGAAAGAUUAAAAUGAGAAAAGUAUAUCUUAUAUUAUUAUAAAUGCAAAUGUAAAAAAAUAUGUGAAAGAUAUAUAUAUAUAUAUAUACAUAUGUACAUAUAUGAAAAAGAAAAUUGCUUACAAUCGUAAGUAAUUAUUUAAAAAAAAGUCAUAUAUUUGAAGAGAAAAAAGAAAUCUAAAAAAAUACUUUUCAUUUCGAAAUAAUACUUAUGUGGCAUAUUGCUUAAAUACUAAAUAGCUAGAUAACAAAGUAGGGAAAUAGCUGCUCAUAUUUUUUACGGAGAGUAGAAGACUAUUAUCCCUUUUAUUCGAUGUAACUGUAUUUUUCGCCCAAGCUUCCGUAAAUGGGUGCGAUAAUUUUUGUACACCUGCUUUUUCGAGGCUCGCCCGUAUGACGUUUAUUGUUUUUCUUUUUUCUUUUUAUUGCUUAUUUCGAAACUGCACGAAAGUCGAUUGAUGUGCGAGUUCCGUUUAUUAUCACGUAAUUUUUGCGAUAGCGCUAUAUCUAUUCUUUUCUUUCUUUUUUAUUUUGCUUAACAUUGUUUCUACGUUCGUACUAGAUUUUAUUUUUAUUUAUUGCUUCGCGGAACUUCCACAUUCUUUCAAGCCGCUUUUGAUGCACUUUUUUGUAAAUUAAAUAUUUUGAAAGCUUUAUACUUUUAUUUUUUUUUUUUUUUUUUGUUUUUCUUUCUGUUUCCUCAGUUUUUCUUCAUUGUUUUCUAAUUGUUGAUGGUAACUUGCACGGAUCGACAUGUCCGUCGUUUCACUGUAAUAUUUCUAUAAGAAAUGGCCCUCUGUAAGAAUAGAGACUGUUCAAACGAAUGAACAUAAAGUUAUCUCGAAGAGAUCGUUACGCCUUCCUGUAGUUACUUAAAACAUAGUAAUUUACGAAGUUGAAAAGAAUAAUCCGAUAACGU